AUUUUUUUUUAUUAUUGCAGGAUGUGCGGCGGGGUACCAUAGCCCAGGUGACUCUGACGAGGUGGACUACAUCCCUAAGUAUGUGCCGCCUCCCUCCACUACCACCGCGUCCCCUUCCAGGGCCUCCCACCUGCCCAACAUCCUCACUUCCCUGGAGAUCCCCCCAGCAUACCUCGAGGAAAUUCUUCGCCCGGAAAAGCCACCCUACAGGUCUUACAAUGACCACCACCACCAGCUGCUCUACGAGCCACACCCCCAACAGGAAAACAGUCAGCUGUAUGGCCAGCCAGAUGGACACGAGAGUUACCAGGAUCAGAAAUCUCACGGGCACAAGUACCACGGACACAAGUACGUUCAGGACCACAAGCGUCGAGGACAGUACUAUCAAGGUCAACAGUCCAUUGGACAGACGCAGACCCAAGAUCAGGAGUACCAACACCCCAGCUACAGGAGGAGGUCAAGUUUGGGGCCAGUACAACGGAGUGAAGGACCACCGAGAUCAGAAGCCUCCAUACCAGCACUACCAGGGUCAAAAGAACCAGAGCCAGAACUCAGGCUCGCAGGGGGACAGCAAGUCUCGUGAUAAGGAGACCAACUACGGAGGUGUUUACACUGGGGGUGCCUCCCCCUCUGGGGGUAUUUACACUGGGGGUGUUUACACUGGAGAUGCUUCCUCACCCGGGGGUGUUUACACUGGUGGUGUUUACACUGGUGGUGUUUACACAAGUGAUAUAUACUCUGGUAGUAAUGAUGUCAACUAUGACAACACCAAAACUCCGGGCUCCAAAUCACAAUGGUCUUGGGAUUCGUCGCAUGAGAAAGAAACAGAAGACAACUUUGCCUUUCACGAAGGGGUGGAGAGCACCUCCCAGGGGCCACGAUUCGACAGGAGCCUCCCACGGAAGGUGACGGUACAGGCUGGCAAGACGGCCGUGCUGGCAUGUAGGGUCCUCGACAGCACUGAGAAAUCACAGGUGUCUUGGAUGAGGCACGAGGACCUACACAUCCUGUCGGUUGGGAAAUACAAGUACAGCACGGACGACCGAGUGACGGUGUCGCGGGAGGAGGAGCGGCAGGAGUGGGUGUUGACGAUUGAAAAAGUGACAGAGGAGGACGCUGGUAUGUACGAAUGUCAAGUUUCUGCCAAGCCCGUCCUCAGCUUCAUCGUCAGUCUCGAGGUCGUAGUACCCAGGGCAGAGGUGGUACACGGGCCGGAGAUCUUCGUGCAUCGAGGGUCACUCAUCAACCUGACGUGUGUGGUGACUCACGGCACCCAGCGACCUGUCUACGUCUACUGGUACCAUCACAAUAAGGUGCUGGACUACGAGGGUCGAGGGGGCGUUACUGUGAUCACCAAGGCUAGCACCAACACCAUCAGCCACCUCCUCAUGAGGGAUGCCAGGCCCGAGGACUCUGGCGUGUACUCCUGCAGGCCUUCCAAUGGCGAGGACGCCUCCGCUACCCUUCACGUCCUCAAUGGGGAGCAUCAGGCUGCCAUGCAGAGUGAUGCAAGUCCCCGGAUGUUCACGUCAGCUUUUGUCAUCACUUUUGGGCUGUGCCUCAUAUGUGUGGUGCAGCUCUACAGAAGUAAUAUUGAUGGUGCCCCAUAAGUUACUAAGACUUGCCUUGGAAGACAGCAAUGAUAAGAGAUGUAAGGAUAUAACAAGCAGCUACUGUGUGGUGACCCUCCAGUUCAGCUCAAAUGAAACCUGGGAAUAACUUAAGAGUUGUUCUGUUACUCUAUUUACCUGGGUUCAAGUGAUAUCUGAGUACAUAGAUUUUGUCACACGUGGGCUGCUUGGCUCAAGUGAUAUCUGACGUACCUGGGCUUUCGUCUACAGUACUGUACUUGCCUUAUGAGUACUUGAGUGAUAAUUAAAGUGUCUGGUUCAAGUGGAAGCAUCUCAGACAUUCAAGAAUGACCGGAAUCAUCGUGAAAUUCUGCUUCUGCUGCUCCCGAAGAUUUUACAGAAAUAAUUAAAAUAUAUAUUAACGAAAUAUUUCCUUGCAUGUACAGUAUAGCAUCAUUUUGUAUAUAGAUGUAAAGUACAGUAAUAGAGCUGAUGGUUGAAGCAAGAUGUCAAAUCCACCUCAGGAAGCUAAUGGCCGUUUCGUAGUGAAGGAACUGUAGUAGAGGUGGAUGGUGGCGUGAGGGGGGCGGCGAGGGCCAACAUUUACACGAAUGGCUUGACCUCGCACAUGAAGGCAUCACUGGACCCAUCCCGACUUACUUCUUCACGCACCAUCACUUACCUUCUAGUUGUUGCCAGAGGAUAGUCUCCUUAUGUAUUUUCCAGGAUAAAAGAGCCGUAGUGUUUGUACUGUAUUGACCUCCAUCCAAGGAAUACUAGGAAGUAAUACCGGUAGCACACCUUUCGUUUUGUAAGAAUUUAUUUUUUAAUGAUUAAUCUGUUUUUUACAGUAUAUUUCAGUUCUGAACAAAAAACAAUUUGUUAAUUUAAUUUUGUAGUUUGGAAAAGUAAAUGUGAAUCAUUUUUGUGAGCCAAGAAGUAGGCAUUGGUGGUCGUGUUGAUUGUUUACAUGUACACGACACCAACACAGCUUGACGCCUCACACCUAAAUAAGUUCAAUAUUUGAUAAUUUAAGAUAGUUUAAAAUCAUGAUAAUUCACUCUAGAAUUUCAGUGAUGUAUAUUCUUAAAGCUGCAAUAGAAGAUUAAUGAACAGAAGAAACUCAGAAAUUUUGAACACGUUUAUGUAUCUAAGAUAGUCAAUGGUAAAUUUUUGAAAGAAAGAUAUGUGACAAAUAAUGGCAUUGUUUUUACAUAAUUAAGAUAGUUAUGUCGGUAUGUUGUUGAUGUAGAAACUGUAUAUACAAUAUAUAGGUGUAUGUACGCAUGUAUAUAUUUCCUAAAGCAAAUUUACAAUAUAUAUCUUCACAAUAAGAUGUACCAGACUGUAUGGUAUCAGUAUUACUCAGCAGUUGUAUAAGUCAUUUUACUCUACAGAGAAAAUACCUGUCAACCUUUUCAUUUAAUUCUAAAUUUUAAUGUGAAUAUUUUUUCAAACAGUUUUUCCGUUAUGGCUGGAUUCAAGAGCAAAAAACACACACUCAAUUUACCGCCAUUCAUUCAUUUUUACUGCUGUAAUAGGUGUGCCCUGCUGUGGUACUCCCCUCCCACAGUGUAUGAGAAUCAUCUAGUUUCUUCCACUCCUUCCCAUACAGCCAGAGGGCUAAGCAUCCAGAAACCGCGGCCAUGUAACAUCCUAGCACACCGUUACUAUGUACAGUAUGUUCACCUCACUCUGAUCUUUCUAUCUUUAUCGUCCCUUGUGUGCCAUUUAGAAACUACUCCGAUACAUAUUCUUCGAUAUAUUGUGGCUGGAGCACAUACCAGUUGUUUGUUACCAUUUUUCAUGAGAAGGAACACCCAGUUUAUGUUCAGCAUCAUUUUGGUGGUGAAACAUGGAGCUGAAAACUGUUUGUUUUUGUUUUGUUUUGUAAAUAAGGAUGAUUAUUUGUAUGUUUUGAGAUUAAUAUAAAUUUAUUAUAGUUCACAAUAUCUCAUAAUUCCUCUAUAUGUUUAGCGUAUAAAUUAGCACCUUUGAAAUAGUGUUGAAGAUGACUGUACUGUUCCUCUGUGUUCAGUAUGUGGUAGUUUGUAGAUGGUAUGUCAUGAAUGUACUGUAUGUAUAUUUUAGAUUAAUGUAAAUUAUAUUUUCAUAUAUUUUAUGUAACUGA